CGAGAAGAAAGAGUGAAAAUCAAUUCACCUUUUUCGUACUUUUAUAACAUUAUAUACGAUUAUUGCACCGUGAAGUUUUCACCAAAAACUGUCUCAAUUAUCACUGUUUUCUCUUUAACUAAGGUAAGACAUUUUAAAGUAUAAAACCGUUUGUAAUUGGUAUGACAUCUGAAUUUGUUCUUAUCUACUCCGCAAACUCCUUAGAACGUGGUAGACUUUGAGAUAAUGCAAGGAGAACAGUAUUGCUGAGCAAAGCCACGUCAGGCUGUCUGCUGUGUUCGCCGAGGGGAAUCGAGCCACUGAUUUUAGCACUAUAAAUCCGAAGACUUACCGCUGUUCCACCGGGGGACUUCUGGUUUGAAAUUCGUAAUGGACAAACUGAAAAAAAUUGAAAAAACUACAGUCUAGAUUCUUCUGAAUAAUUGAUGAGGCAUAACGUCUAGGAAAAUCUUUGCGUAGGUGCUUAAGAAAACAAGAGAAGUAACGUCUUGAAUCUUCCUAAAAGAAGGUAUUAUCAACAGUAAAAAAAUAAUAAUGCACGUCGAGGUACAAGUAGCUCUGAAUUUUCUCAUUUCUUUCCUUUAUAACAAAUUACCGAGAAGAAGAGUCAAUCAGUUUGGAGAAGAGAUGGAAAAGAUGGUAAAACAGAGGUUUGCUGGCCAUUGGUAUCCUGAGAGUCCAAUGAAAGGCUCGGGAUUCCGCUGUUUGAAAACCACGCCUCCACUAGAUCUAGCAUUUGGUGCUGCCGCAAUGUAUUGUGGUGUGAACUUGUCUGACAUCCAGGAGAACCUACCCAAAGAUCUCAGCAUUUGGAUAGAUCCAGGAGAGGUGUCGUACCGUCUAGGUGAGAAAGGACCCGUUAGAGUAUUGUACAAUAAAGCUAACAACUGUGGGGAAUCACAGCAUCAUAAACUGGCGCUUCCUUUUAAUCCCGAAGCUCGGUGUUUCAAACCAGUGGAUCGAGCUACCACACAACUAAACCAGAUCUCUCUUGAUGCUACUUCUUCUCCAGACAACUGUGCCUCGAUGUCUACCUUCAAGUCAAACAGUCCAGUAACCACCCUCUUCUCCCAGUCUGUAGCUCCACUUACUUUUACUACCGCUACUUUCGCACAGACAAAGUUUGGUUCUACAAAACCUAAAACUGUAGGUAAAAGAUUCCAUCGUCUUUCUCCAACAGAGCUCAAUAAUUACAUUAAACAAUGGGCAACGGCACAACAAACACACCAGAAUUCUCCUCAGCAACGAUCUUCUAUUUCUAAUCCCUCCUCUUUAAAUCUAGAAGUCACCUCUCCCAUAUUCAGUUCAGCACCUGGGCCUUCACAGAAGCUUGGUUCUUUGUCACCCAACACCGAAUUAAACGUAAUAGUGAUGACUCAACAAUCACAUUAUCCCGCAACCACAGCGCCAAUCCAAAGUCAUUUGAGCAUGUCAAGUACGCGAAAUAUGCCUACAUCAACUCUGUAUGAAAAUAUAUUUGGUGGAUUUGAAAACGACUUGGACCAGCACCCCAAACUUAACAGCAACGCUAACAUAAGUGCUUCAAUCUCGUCACUGAACAUUAAUACAACACCUAUACAUGUGGCAUCUCAACAGCUUGUGAACUUGCCAUCCCUUAACAGCCAUUUUCCACCCUUCUUCAAUAAAUCAUUCUUUGGAACUGGAAGAAAUACCGCCUCAAACCACACUUCCUUCAAUGUCCAAACGCUUAGAGAGGCAAACUCGAACAUUCGUGAUUUAAAUUCACUACCAAUGUUCAGCCCGAUUAGCGUAACGAACCCAAAUCAUUACCAACAUUUAUUAACUGCUACUUAAAGAUAUCUCUCAAUCAAUCGAUCGAACUCUGAUCGACUAGUCCCUUUGUUUAUCAGUUUAAAAAUUAAGCUUUUCUAUUUGGCCAGUCCUAUUAUUAUAGUAUAGCAUAUAUUUUAAGCAAGUUUAUGUAAGUUAAUAAGAAUUUUGUUUGCAGUUUGAAUAUGCAUCUAAGUCAUGGCCGUCUUUCAUGAUUUUUUUUUGUUAUUUUUAGUGCAAAUGAAUAUGGGUUCUAGCUGUUUUGCUUAACAGAAAACUAAAUAAUAAAAUAGCUGAUAAUUAACUACUCUCAAUUAAAGAAUGUUUUCCAAGAUGUCACCUUAGCUAACUAAAAAGUCUUCAAUUACUGAACGCUUUCCAAAAUAUCACUAAGACUAACUAAAAGAUACCUGGCAUGGUCUAGUAAUUAGGGCGCUCGACCCGCAAUAUGCAGGUCGCGGGUUCGAAUCUCGUCACCGAACAUUUUCACUCUUUCGGCCGUGGUAGUAUUCAAAUGCGAUGUUAAAUCCCAUUUUUCUUUGAUAAAGAGCAGCCCAAGACCUGUUUGUGAGUGGUGUUGACUAGUUGCCCUCUUUCUAGUCUAUCGCUUCACAAUUAGGGCAGCUAGUGCAGAUAGCCUUCAAGCAUCUUUUCGCGAAAUUCAACAAACAAACUAAAAGAUACUCAAUUACAUAACGCGUUUCCAUAUGUCACUAUAUACAACUACAGAUCGUCCAGCUAUAGAAUAUAAUUCAAAAUGUCAACAUGCAUAAUUAAGACGUUCGGUGAUGGAGUGUUCUCUAAGAUGUCACCAUGGAAAACUAAAGGAUAUCAAAGCAUAGAAUGGUUUUUCAAGAUAUCAACAGGAAUAGCUAUAUGGUGUGUAUUUCAAGAUGUAAACUUGGAUAACUAACAUACAUUAAGUUACAGAAUAUCUUCCAAACUUUCAGCAUGAAUAACAGUAAUACUUCAAUUAAGGAAAAUGUAUUACUUGCUUUCAACUCUCGAUUUUUUUUCUAAGGUGUCAGUACACAUAAGUAUAAGGCAUGUAGUUUAGAAAUGUUUUACAAGGUGUCAGUAGAGAGAAAUGUAAGACAUUCGAUCAAGAAAUAAUUUUCAAGUUGUCAGAAGAAAUAGGUAUAAGACAUUCUAUUAGGAAAGAUUUCAGAAGAGAAGAAUAAGACGUACAACCAAGAAAUGUUUCCCAAGGUGUCAGUUGAGAUAAUUAUAAAGAUAUACAAUUAAAAAAUGUUUUCUAAGAUGUCAGUUGAGAUACGUAUAAGACAUACGAUUAAAACAAAGUUUAAGGUGUCGGUAUAAAGUACACAACUGAAACAUAUUUUCUAAGGUGUCGGUAGAGAUACGUAUAAGGUAUGCAAUUGAAAAUGUUUUCUAAGAUGUCAGCAGAGAUAAGUAUAAGGUAUACAAUUGAAAAAUGUUUUCUAAAGUAGCAGUAGAAAUAAGUAUAAGGUAUACUAUUAAAAAAUUCUAAAGUAUCGGUAGAGAUAAGUAUAAUAUAUAUAUAUAUAUACAAUUGAAAAAUGUUUUCUAAGGUGUCGGUAAAGAUGAGUAUAAAGUAUACAGUUGAUAAAUGUUUUCUAAGGUGUCGGUAUAGAUAAGUAUAUAGUAUACAGUUGAAAAAUGUUUUCUAAGGUGUCGGUAUAGAUAAGUAUAAAGUAUACAGUUGAAAAAUGUUUUGUAAGGUGUCGCUAGAAAUACGUUUAAAGUAUAUAACUGAAAAAUGUUUUCUAAGGUGUCGGCAGAGAUAAGUAUAAGGUAUACAGUUGAAAAAUGUUUUGUAAGGUGUCGCUAGAAAUACGUUUAAAGUAUAUAACUGAAAAAUGUUUUCUAAGGUGUCGGCAGAGAUAAGUAUAAGGUAUACUAUUACAAAAUGUUUUCUAAGGUGUCGGUAGAGAUUAGUAUCAGGCAUACAAUGAAAAAAAUGUUUUCUAAGGUGUCGGUAGAGAUACGUAUAAGACGUACAAUUAAAAAAUAUUUUCCAAAGUGUCAUCUCAACUACAAUACUUCCAAACAUGACACUGAAACAAUAUCUGGUUUAACCCUCUCACUGCCAUGAGCACAUGUACGGGAUACAAUAUGUAACCUUUUGUUUUAGCCUUAAAGUGUGAUAUUAGGUUAGGGUUCUGGAAAAAAUGUAUGUAAUAAAAUACAUCUUACAAUUGAUUUACAGAAUAUUAAUUUUGCGAGUUUUGGAAGUACAUGUACUGAUCAUUAUUUUGAUUCACAUUUCUUACAAUCUGAGAAUUAAUCAUCUGUGAAAUGUAUUAGAAAAUUAUCGGUAAAAAAUCAGCUGUGAGUAUCUAAGAAUAACCCUGACAUCCGGGGAGUUAUUUACCUAGACACGUGAUAUUGAAAAAGUUGAAAGGAAUAGGAGAUAUGUAUAUAAAAUCUUUUUUCUUUUUUUUUGAGAUUCUAUAAUUUUACGAGCAUUGUACUAAAUACAAGAAAUUGUAUACUUCACAAAUUUCUCACACAGAAACUGAAAUGUUGAAGCCAUGAAAAGUAUUUUGAAUAUAAUGGGUAAUAAAAUAUUCCAUUUAUAAUUGUGGUAGUAAUGUUCAUGUAAAACAACGUUAUUAGUAACUUAUCAAAAGUUAAAAACAUUUAAUUGGUUAAAAAAUGUAUUAUGAAAAAUAAAACACAAUAACAAUGAUAAAGCGAUCAAACCCAAAAUUUAGAUUUAUGUAUUUUCAAAUGAAUAGCAUGGUUAAUCAAGAAACGAAGGUCAAAAAUUCUUAAAAUAAUCAUUGCCAGCCUUUUUGUGCUGGAAGAAGAAAAAAGAAACAUUGAAUAUUCACGAACAUAUCUUGUUUUGCUCAUACUUGCGUUUCACUAUUUCCAUUGCUGAUUCGGGACUAAUUUACAACGUUACAAUUGUCCAGUUCUAAAAGUAUUGUGUGUAUAGUGAGUAACUAAUAUUACAUGUCAGUUGACGAAAAAGAUUAGUGUAAAAAUAUUUUCGUACGUAUCCAAGUUUAUUUAUUCCUUAAGUAGUUUAUUUUUGCUUAAUUUCCAGGUUAUGAAGCAACGUUCCAAUAUCUUGUAAAUAUUGUCUCUUUUUCAUUACUAUUUGAUAACACUUCAGUCGGUAUUUUGUAAACAAGCUUAAGUAAUAACGACCUCUGGUGUUACUGACAUAUAUUUACUAGCUUAAUAUUUAUAAUCAAAUAUUAUAAUUAUUACAUUUGGUAAACUUCCAAGUAGUGUCAAAUCCUAUGUACCUGUUCUUUGUAUAAUGAAAGUAUUUUAUAUUUUCUACUAUAAAAAUAUACAUAAUGAUAGCGACGUUUAUGGAUCUAUUGAUUACUUUUAUAUUUGUGUUCUCUGACAAAAAAUUAAGAUUAGUAUGUUGUUAUAACUAUAAUUGUAAGAUAGUGAAAAUGUAUGUUUGUUUCGAACCGUAUUGUACAAUUUAUUGUUCACAUCAAUUAAUGUCCGAUAGAUCGAACAAUAUAGUUUUGCAGAACGUUGUUCAGACUAAAACUAAAACAGCAUUACUUUUAUGAAGAACACAUCAAAAUAUUGGGUGAAAUUACUUAUUUUCUGUGUAAAAUACUCGGGAAACCCAGGUAGUAAUUAGUCAAACUAAUUGUAAUGUUGUCGGAAUUUGGCUUUAAAUUUAUGUGACUCAUGUUACAAAGGACUGUUAUUAUAAAAUCAGGGACCCACAAACAAUUUGGUGCAUAAAUACAUUAGAUGAAUAUAGCUAAAAAUCGAAUGGACCACAUCGACAAUUCUAGGGUUAAAAAUAUUCUAUUCGAAAAUUGUUUGAAAUUCUUUGCUUACUUUUAUAAUUAAUUCUCAUAAACGUGGGUUAUCUCAGUUUUCCCAUUAUGUAAUAUGAAAACGUAAAAUUAGUCUUUUGUUCAAAUCAAAACAUCAGAGCAAAUAGUGACAAAAAUAUUUCAUUGAAGCUGCCAAACUACAGGAUUUAAAUCAUUUUCUCAUAAAAGUAUGUAUUUUUUAUAUAUUUGCAUUAAAUGUAUUGUGUGCAAUGUUUUCAAAAUAUGAUGUAGCGAAGGAUGUAGAAUUAGUCAAUAUAUAAUCGUUGUGGAAUAAUACCCCAAAACCUGAAUUUUCCUUUUUCCCUUUUCGUUAUUUUCCACAUUAUUUGUGAUCUGUAUGAAUUUUUACAUCAAUAAA